CCUGAUCUCUGUGUGCCGCAGGUUCCAGAGAAAUUGCUGUUAUCUGCGUGCCAUCUCCUGGUCUCCAUGGCGACCACCGUGCGGCCAGUGUUCCUGGUGUCAUUGCCAGCGGUGCAGAAUAUCUUCAACCUGAUCACAGAGAAUCAUAACCACAGAUUACCUCCGGAGGCUCACGUCCUCGUGUGUCGAGCUCUGUCUAACAUGCUGCUGUUGCCGUGGCCCAGCCUGCCAGAGGCGGAGCAGCAGUGGCCGAACCGUUCAGCCAAUCACGCGCGGCUUCUCAGCACUCUCACGCAUCAGUACCGCCUCCUGCCCCGCCCACCCAACCAUCAUCACAACAGUAAGAGCAACAGAUGA